AUGGAUAUGGACAGCGUGUUCACAGGCUCUUCUCUGCAGAGCCUUGCCAAACUGCUCCGUGAUGCUCCAGAAGAGGAUGAUGACAAUGAUGAUGAUGAUGAUCCACGCUGUUCUGUUGGUUCCAUGACUCCUGGGAGUGUUGGACCAGUAAAGAAAGAAACCACCAGUACUUUUCAAGUGAAAUCUGAAAACAAGAAAACGAUUUGGAAUACAGAGGAGGUCCCAGAAGGAUCUGAAUUUGAUGAUACCUGGGACCCUAGAGAAAAGCCAGAGUAUGAGAUUUCAUUCAAGCAGCAUGUGGGAACAGAGGAUGUCUUCUUUGGGAUGACUGGGAAAGACCCCUCCACUGCCUGCUGUGAAGAUAUAGUGAUUAAAAUCAAGCUGCCAGAGACGAAGUACUCAGACAUCACAUUAGACAUCCAGGACAAGGUUCUUGACCUUCGAACUCCCAAAAAGAAGCUGCUGCUGCACCUCCCCUACCCUGUGAACAGCAAGGAGGGUAGAGCUCGUUUUCUCUCUGAAGAGGAGAUCUUGGAAGUCACCUUGAGAGUAUCAAGGAAGUUUGAUUUCAUAAAUUUUUCUGAUGGAUAGAGAGAUGGAUAGAGAAAGUUUGCAAAAAAGUAAUGUUCUAGUUUGAAGUCUUUUGGAAACCCAGCUUGUUCUGAAAUAGUAGAUUUUUUUCCCUUGAACAGUCCAGGGGAAUGUCUCUGGAGAAAUGAGUCAGGAGGAACACAGUACCCACAGGUUCUAACAGCUGAUGCUGUCUGGCUCUUACACUGCCCUGGUUAACUUUGUGCUUCCUUCAGUCUGACACAGACCCUGUGAAUCAGAAAGUGGGAGAUUUCAGUUCUGUAAGCCAGAGAAAGCCUUUUGUGUGGCUGUGGCUGAGAAGUAGCACAGUGAGCCUCUGGACAAUGAGUCUG